GAAACGGCUUGGCAGAGUUUGGACCGAGAGCAGCCGGGAAACUCCAGCUCCUGUGUGGCUCCUGCAACCUGUUGCUCCCCUGUUGUUGUCUCUGAAACUUUUACCGUUCGCACCGGUGACGCGAGGUAAUGGACUAUUAGAGAGACUUUUAACAGGACCUCCACAGCAACUUUAAAAGCGAGCAGUCGAAGUCACCUCACAUCACCCACAGCCUCAACAGAAGCAGCCACCAUGGGCAAACAGAACAGCAAGCUCCGUCCCGACGUCAUGCAGGACCUGAUGGAGAACACGGACUUCACCGAGCACGAGAUCACCGAGUGGUACAAGGGCUUCUUGCGGGACUGCCCCAGCGGCGCACUCUCCAUGGAGGAGUUCAAGAAGAUCUACGCCAACUUCUUCCCUUACGGAGACGCCUCCAAGUUCGCCGAGCACGUCUUCCGCACGUUUGACGCCAAUGGAGAUGGGACUAUAGACUUCAGGGAGUUCAUCAUUGCCCUGAGUGUGACCUCGCGUGGCCGACUGGACCAGAAACUGAAGUGGGCGUUCAGUAUGUACGACCUGGACGGGAACGGGUACAUCAGCAAGGCAGAGAUGCUGGAGAUUGUAACGGCUAUUUACAAGAUGGUUUCCUCUGUGAUGAAGAUGCCUGAGGAUGAGUCCACACCUGAGAAACGCACAGACAAGAUCUUCAGGCAGAUGGACACGAAUCGAGAUGGUAAACUGUCCCUUGAGGAGUUCGUUGAGGGGGCGAAGAGCGACCCCUCCAUCGUCCGGCUGCUGCAGUGCGAUCCCAGCAGUGCUGGGCAGUAGAAAACUGGACUUUUCCCAUCACAGGUUGAUUAAUGUAACACAUUUUAAAAAAAUCUCUCCCAGCUGACCCACUCGAGAUUGUUGACAUUCGAUCACUUGAGCUAUAGAGGCACAUGCACACAAACACACACACACACACACACACACACACAUAUAGCCAGCAUGCAACUAUACAUACUACAAAUACCGAAGCAUGAUGCAUAUAUAAUCUUUCAGGCGCUCACAUGCACAACUGUACAUGUGCCUCUAUGCUGCUGAAAAGCUCUAGACAACAUGGGUCUCAUUACAGUACAAAUAUAACCCAAAGGACUGAAAUCCCAUCAAAGACUCGUUAAACACUGAAUCAAAGCUGUGCUAUCUCUGUCGGAGACGCCGGCCAGCGAGGAUAAUCCAUCAGAUUCGUGAGGUACAUUGAGCCGAAUCCAAGCUCGCUGUUUCUUUUUAUUCUUUUAUUAUUUUUAAAAGCAUUGUUCCUUACGUAAAGGAAAUCAUGUUCAUUGUGUUGGCUUUAACUGACUCGGGUUGUUUUGUGACGACGGACAGAAAGUAUUGCAGUCUAACUCCGUGUUAACACUGGAUGAAAUGAAGUAUGUGAGGACUACAAAUGUUCACAUCUUACAGUAUGGAUUAUGCAGACAGAUCUGGAAAAUGUAGUUUUAGAAAGAAUUUUUUUAAUGUAUAUUUUGGAGGAAUGUUACAUCAAACCAAAACUGACUCAGAUUUCUAAAUGAAGGGGAAUAUUUUGACGACAGAUCACAACCAUGUGUUCUUUUGAAAGUGACUUUUUAUGCCAAGUUCUGUGUCCACACUCACGCAAAUCAACACACUUCACAUUAACAUUUUACUGACUAAUACACGAACUUGACAUAUGCAUAUAAAAACUGAGCUGUGAUUCUUUUUCUUCAACUAUGGUUCAUCAAGUGUAUCAGCAAAAAAAGAAAGUUAGAUGUUACAUGAAUAUAUAGUAUGUGCUUAUAUAUUCUUUUACUCUGUGAUAACAUUGUGGCGAUUUGCUGCAAUGGAAGAAAUUUACUUUAAAAUUUUGAUGUAUAAAUUAUUGAAAUGUGAUGAUUGAUGACAUUUUAUUUUCUUUUACUUGACGAAUAUGAUAUGAAAGAAAGUUGUACAGUAUAAUUCCCUCAUAUUUAUGAUAGAGAAUUAAAAAGGAGAGGACCACACAUAUUGCUAUCCAUUCAGCUGUGCAUAUCCACUGCUACGUCGAGAGCCCCCCUCAGUGCUAACAUCAUAUUUCCCAGGAAGCCAGUAAACAUUUGGCAGUCAUUAAAUUUUUCUCGAACUGUGCGUAGAUGGAGUGUAAACAGUCCUUGACUGGUGUACCCAUCAUUAAAGUGCAGCAGUAACAUCUGCAAAUCUCGUUUUGUGCAAAUGGGACUUUAUAUCUCUUGAAUGUGCACAUUUUGUUCCUCAUCAGCACCAAAUUUAUUUCAGAGUCAACUGUAAUAGUAAGGCAGUUUGAGUCCUACUGUGACGAUGGAGAUUACUGGUAUAUUUAUGACUAUGACACACAGCAACAAACAUUUAACAGAACAAAGCACUGGCGUUGGCAGCGAGUAACAGCAGCAUCCACCAAACCCCACUGUGUUUUUGCAGAAUUUACUGAAAGCUCUCGAAUGCUUCCUUUCUGCUCAAUUUACAUCUGCCUCUCCCUACUGGUCUGAAAACCAUCAUGAGAUACAGUUUCUUCACAGACAGAUAAAUGGUGACUUUGGAGACAUAAACAGUCAUGAUGAAUUCACUGGGCUUAUGCACAUUUCAAGUAGGUGAUCAGGUACUUCAGUCCCACAUUUCACCUUGAUAGCAUCUUGUGGUCAAGUGCCAAAUGUAGAUGAAUUAAAUACAAGAAAAAACACAGUAUUGUAUCCAUUUAUACUGUACAGUUGUUACCUGACGAACAAAAAAACUUUGUCACUGUAUCAUUUUGUAGAUUUUGUAUUGUUAACUUGCAUUAUGUGUUCUGUGUAGGAUGUCCAUUUUGUUAUUCAAUAAAGACAAAAUGGG